AUGUCUCCUCUGAAUGCCAGCUGGACCCCCUCCCACCCCUCCUUCUUUCUCUUGGUGGGCAUCCCUGGAUUAGAGCGGGUGCAGGGCUGGAUCGCCAUCCCUUUGGGAAUCAUGUACAUCGCUGCAACCCUGGGAAAUGGCACCAUUCUCUACCUCGUCAAGACGGAGCCCAGCCUGCAUGAGCCCAUGUACCUCUUCCUGGCCAUGCUGGCUCUCACCGACCUGGUCCUCUCCACUUCCACCGUGCCCAAAACGUUGGCUGUUUUCUGGCUGGGCUCCAGAGCCAUUGGUUUCCACAUCUGCCUGGCCCAGAUGUUUUUCAUCCACGCUUUCUCUUCUGUUGAAUCCGGUGUGCUGAUGGCCAUGGCCCUGGACCGCUACGUAGCCAUCUGCUUCCCGCUCAGGCACUCAUCUAUCCUUUCCUUGCCAGUGAUCAUGAAGUUGGGUGGCCUCAUCCUGCUGCGUGGAGUGGUCCUCAUCAGUCCUUUCUCCUUCCUAGCCAGCAGACUUCCUUACUGCAACCACCGUUUCAUUGCUCACUCAUACUGUGAGCACAUGGCGGUGGUGAAGCUGGUUUGUGGGAAUACCCGAGUCAACGUUGUUUACGGCCUCUUCGUGGCUUUCAUUGUGGUUGGCUUUGACGUCUUCGUCAUCGCCACGUCCUAUGCCAUGAUCCUCAAGGCUGUGUUGAAGCUCCCGUCCAGUGAGGCACGUCUCAAGGCCUUUGGGACCUGUGCCUCUCACAUCUGUGUCAUCCUCUCCUUCUAUAUUCCUGCUCUCUUCACAUUCCUCACACACCGGUUCGGUCAUAAUGUUCCCCACCAUGUUCAUAUUAUGGUGGCCAUACUCUACCUUCUGGUCCCACCCACUCUGAACCCCAUUGUGUACGGGGUGAAAACCAAGACCAUCAGGGACCGAGUUUUCACUAUGUGCCUUAUUUCAGGAGGGCAGAGACAGCUUUUAUGCCAUAAAUGUCUGGCAGAGCACAGUUAG